AGACCCUCUGGAUCUGGGAGGGAGGAGAGGAUGCCCCAGGGUCGGAGGGUCCCAGAUCACUGAAAAGAGGAGGCUGACCUCUCCUCCCCCCACCCUCAACCCAGAGAUUUCCUCAUCUGCCGUGACACCUUCCGGUGGGUGGGGUGUGUGUGGGCAAAUUGGCAGACUGGGAACCAUGGGGUCUGAGGAAAUCUGCAUGAAUCAAGAGGUCAAGAUGCAAGCAGCAGCCUUCAAAGACAAGAAACAGAGGGCCCCAGCCCAUAAGGAAGGUGCAGACCCUGACUAUGAGAAUAUCACCUUGACCUUCAGAAACCAGGAGCAACCAAGGGGCAGCCAUUCACCACCCAAGAAUAGAGGCAAGCAGCCACCUGCCAGCCCGAACCUCACAGCCUCAGGAGGGGCCCCUGUCCCAGCCUGGUCGAGGCCGGCCCCAGACUCUGCCCAGGUCCCUCGUUGGCUGCACAGGGCCACCCUGAGCCUGUACAUCCUCCUUGCCCUGUUCUGCAUCGUUCUCUUGGCCUUGGUCCUGGUGAAGAAUUCUGAGGUGUCCCAGGAGCUGCUGGUCGUGAAAAGGGAGCUCCAGAAUGUCUCCAUCUCGGGACAACAGUGUCAGGAGGAGCAGAAACAGGGCUGGAGCAGCAUCCAGCAGCUCAUCACAGAGGCCAGGCAGGUCAUUGACGUGAUCAAGACAAAUGUCCACAUCGGGAAUGAGAAAGUGAAGACGCUGUCAACAGGUACUAGAGAAGAAGCCGCAGCCACAGCCCACAGCUCAAUAAAUGAGAAGACAUUGACACCCUGGCUGCAGCUUGGAGGACGGGGCUGCACUUCCCCGUGAAGACGGCCGCAUGUGUGCCUCAUGGUGUCAUGGGAGCGAUAACACAUGACACAGUGGGCGGCUGUGUCAGCAAGGACCGCAGAAGUGUGUCAGCCUGAGCGCGGGUGUUGGUAACACGUGUUGCACUGUGAACACGUGUGAAUGUCCUGUGGUAUGUUGUGUGUGAAUGUCAUGGAGCUGUGUGUGUGUGUGUGUGUGCGUGUGUGUGUGUGUGCGGAGCACCCCGUACAUCACUGUAACUGCGGGUGUUGAGUGUGUACCCUGUCACUACCUGUGUUGUGUGAACAGGUGGGUGUCAGUGUGUGACUGAUUAUGUCACCGAGGGUGUGCAGAGCGGGUACAUUUGUGCGUUCACUUGUUUCUGCACUCACGUUUUGUGAUUUGUGACGAUAAAGGCCAAUGGGAAAGAA